AUGGAAGAUAUUAGCUACGCUUGUCCUCGCCAAAAAUUCAUAGAAGAUCCGGGAAUUCAAUGGCGUGAAGGGAAGCCUGAUUUUACUCAGGUUAAUAAAGCCUAUUUAGAGGGUAGGACAAGAAUCCAUAGGGAUGGUUCGUUAGAGAAGAUUGUCGAGGAUCUCGUGAAAUCAUGGGAAAUGGAAGCUUCGCAUAAAACUAACACUGAGGUAAAUAGAGAGGUCUUAUGUUCUUAAACAUAAUUACAGGAAAAUAUGUGAUGUAUUUAAAAAUCAAUUGAACUUUUUCUUGAUGUCGUGUAAUAUCUUGUAAUCAUGGCUAAAGAGAGAAUCAUAAAUUUUCAAAGCUGAGAUAAAUAAAUAGAAGAGCUGAUAGUCACUAUGACACAGCAUAUUUGUGAAACUCAUAUCGAAAAACAAAGCAAAAUUCUAAGAUAUACAACCUUUCAUUCACAGUUGGAGGAUAUUGGAACACUCCAACUUAACUGUGACGACAUCUUAUUAAAGCCAGAUCACGUUUUUUCAGCGCUUACUUAAAAAAAAAUGGAUGAUAGUAUGUACAUUGAGAAUUGAGUUGAAAGUUGAAACGUUUCCACGGUCUGUUUGUUUAUUUAUUAAUUUGUUUUCGACAAAAGGAUUGGCAAAGUGUUGACACAGAAGCUUUCACCAUCCGCGGGAACAACCAGCGCUCGUUUUCUUUGAAGGAAUUGAUUGAAGAGGGAAACUACAACGUACUGAUGCAAAACCAGCCGCUGUACAACAAUACCGAUCAUUCGUUUAAAUCGUCACAUGAUUUGUUCAGGUCUGCAUUCGACCAAGGGUUUCCAUGGGAACUGAUAGAAGUAUUUUCAGGUAAGUUUAGCAAGUACAUAUUGAUACUGUACUCCUUAGUGGAGAUGAAACGCCGUUAUAUGACGAGGCUACAAAAACAUGCCAGGUUUUUCUAAGUACAGUGAUUAGUUUUCACUUAUGUGGGUGUUUUGUCCCUCAGGUCCCCCAAAAGUGGCCUUUUCGUGGCGCCAUUGGGCCCACUGGACGGGCCCUUACAAAGGAAGGGCUCCAACGGGGGAACUGCUUGAAAUGUAUGGAAUGGCUGUGGCCGAGGUGGACGAGAACCUAAAGAUCAAAUCAAUCGACGUUCAUUAUGAUCCUAACCAGCUUUUGAUGAAGUUGGAAGGAAAAGAAUUGUUGAAGUAG